AUGAGAAAUUUGGAACGACAAUUGGGACAACUUGCCAGUGCCCAAAAUACUCGACUGGUUGGAGCUCUUCCAAGAGACACUGAGGCUAAUCCUAAGCCGGCCACUAUAGAGUCAGAAUCAGAAAAAUCAAAGGAGUCGGAGAAGCCAGCUGAAGAGGCGGUGGCUAAGCAACCCCCGCCAUUAGUUGCGAGGCCACCACCCUUGUUCCCUCAAAGAUUGCAGAAAGUGAAGGAUAAUGCUGCGCGCUUGACCGAAUUUGAGAAUGUGGCACUCACUGAGGAGUGUAGCUCAAGAAUCCAAAGCAAGCUACCUCAGAAAUUGAAGGAUCCGGGUAGUUUCACUAUCCAAAUCUCGAUUGGUAAGCAUGCAGUCGGGCGAGCUUUGUGUGAUCUUGGAGCGAGCAUCAAUUUGAUGCCGCUAUCUAUGCUCAAACAAUUGGGUUUGGGUGAGACACGCCCAACGAUGGUAAUCUUAGAGUUGGCUGAUCGCUCCCUUGCUUACCUUGAAGGAGUGAUUGAAGAUGUGUUAGUCCAAGUGGGUAUUUUCAUAUUCCCAGCUGAUUUCAUUAUCUUGGACUACGAGCUUGAUCAGGAAGUCCCAUUUAUUUUGGGGCGUCCAUUAUUAGCCACAGGCCGAGCUAUUAUUGAUGUAUGCGAAGGAAAGAUGACGAAGAGAGUAGGUGAUAGCGUUGAGGUAUUCAACGUGUAUAAAGCACUCAGAUUGCCAGCCCACUAUGAAGACCUAUCCAUGAUUUCUGUGGUAGAAAGUGAUGCUACGUCAUUAGUGUCUUAUAUGAGCCCCAUAGAUCCUCUUGAACGAGUUUUGAUUGGGGAUGAAGAAGACAGUGAAGAUGAGAUGAUGGGAGAAAUUGAGCAAGUACUUGACAUGUCUUGCAGUUAUGUCCAUGGGUUUGGGAGAUUUGAGGAGUUGGAUAGGCCUGUCACUCUGACCCCUCCUAAGCUAUCUAUUGAAGAAGCUCCAAAGCUAGAACUAAAGCCCUUUCCGGUGCACCUACGCUAUGCUUAUUUGGGGAACUCUAAGACAUUGCUAGUGAUUAUCUCAUCCAGCUUGACUAAUGUACAAGAAGAAAAAUUGCUCAGAGUACUUCGCGAGCAUAAAAAGGCUAUUGGGUGGACAAUUGCUGACAUCAAGGGAAUCAGUCCAUUGUUUGCAUGCAUAAAAUCUUUCUGUAAGAUGGACAUUGCCCCACAACUGGGUAAGCCCAGUGCAGUGUAUGCCCAAAAAGGGGGGAUAACUGUGGUAGAGAAUGAGAGAAGUGAGCUAAUUCCUACUCACACUGUGAUGGGGUGGAAAGUUUGCAUUGAUUAUAGAAGGCUCAACAAAGCAACCUGCAAGGACCACUUCCCACUUCCAUUCAUUAACCAAAUGUUAGAUAGGUUAGCGGGGCAUGAAUAUUAUUGCUUUCUUGAUGGUUGUUCGGGGUACAACCAGAUUGUCAUAUGCCUAGAGGAUCAGGAGAAGACCAUAAGAGCACUUUUACUUGUCCUUAUGGCAUUUUCACUUUCAAGAGAAGGCAUCGUGUUAGGUCAUAGAGUGUCUAGAAGCGGCAUUGAAGUUGAUAAGGCGAAGGUGGAGUUGCUUGAAAAAGAUGUAACUUUCAAUUUUGAUGACGCCUACUUUAAGGCAUUUGAAGAGCUAAAAAAGAAGUUGGUGGCUACCCCUAUUAUUGCGGCACCAGAUUGGUCCCUACCAUUUAAACUUAUGUGUGAUGCAAGUGACCAUGCUAUUGGGGCAGUGUUAGGCCAGAGGAGGGACAAGGGAUUUUAUUUCAUCUAUUAUGUGAGUAAGACUCUUAAUGAUGCACAGCUGAAUUACACCACCACUGAAAAUGAGUUGUUAGCCGUUGUGUGGGCCUUUGAGAAAUUUCGGGCAUACUUGGUGGAAACAAAAGUCAUAGUCCAUACCGAUCAUGCAGCAAUCAGGUGUGGAAAUUCCAUCGCACAUGCGGUCCAAACACGCACAUGCGCUUCACAAUCCGCUUCUGCGACCACAGGUGCAGGAACUUCAUCGCACAUGCGCCUUCUUCCCAGCUCCUCAAAUAUAGCAUCUGCGAUCUCCCACUCGCUUCUGCGGGAUCGCACCUGCGAUGAGACAUUCGUAGGUGCGAUUAUGAUAGCUGAGUUCAACUUCAGCAAUCUCCCAAUUUCGAAACUUGAAUUUGAUGUAGUACGAGAUCAAAAGGGCAGAGAGAACCAAGUAGCUGACCAUUUACCAAGGCUGGAAAAUCAUAACCACGUGGAGGAGGGUGGAGAAAUUGAAGAGGCAUUUCCUGAUGAGCAGCUAUUUGCUAUCACCCAAGACCCUUUCCCAUGGUACAUAGACUAUGUGAACUAUAUUGUGGGUGGGGUACUUCCUCCUGAAAUUGAAUCUGAAGCUAGAAAGAGGUUUUUACAUGAUGUGAACUUCUACUACUGGGAUGAGUCAUACUUGUUCAAGCACUGUGCUGAUCGGCUGAUGAGGAGAUGCAUUCCAGAAAAGGAGGUGCAAUUAGUGUUGUAUGAUUUUCAUGCAUCACCUUAUGGCGGCCAUCAUCGAGGCGAUAGAAUAGCUGCAAAGGUAUUACAAUCCGGUUUCUUUUGGCCAACAUUAUUCAAGGAUUCCGAUGCAUUUGUUAAGAAGUGUGAUCAGUGUCAAAGAACAGGAACAAUCACUAAGAGGCAUGAGAUGUAUUUGAAUAACAUCAUGGAGGUCAAGAUUUUUGAUGUGUGGGGGAUAGAUUUUAUGGGACCAUUCCCAUUGUCCAGAGGAAACAAAUACAUCUUGCUAGCAGUUGACUACGUGUCAAAAUGGGUAGAGGUGAUCACACUGCCAACAAAUGAUGCCAUGGUGGUAGCUGUGUUUGUGAAAAAGAACAUAUUCUCGAGGUUUGGGACUCCACGUGCCUUGAUUAGUGAUGAAGGUACACAUUUUUGCAAUCAGUUGUUGAAUAACCUUCUAGUUAAAUAUGGACUCCGCGAUAGAGUUGCUACGACAUAUCAUCCUCAAACAAGUGGACAAGCUGAUGUGUCUAACAGAGAAACAAAGCAAAUCGUAGAGAAGACGGUGAGUGUGAAUAGGAAGGAUUGGGCUGCAAAGUUAGAUGAUGCCUUGUGGGCAUAUAGAACUACAUACAGAACUCCAAUUGGGGCGUCGCCGUAUAAGCUUGUUUAUGGGAACCUGUUGAACUUUAACGCAAAGCGUACUGGGCUAUUAAAAAGUUGA